GAAAGACUGUGUAUAUAUACAGACAGAGAGAGCAGCAGGCACAGAUCAGCAGACAGAGGCCAACACUUCACACAUCUCAUACAGGUCGUCUUCAGCUGGUCUACUUACCGUCCCUCCAUCUAACCUCCAAGGCUUGGUGACCGAGCCUUCUCCAGAUCUGCCCCUAGACUCUGGAACUCUCUUCCACUACUGAGAUUCAAACAUGGGAGUAUUACAGACCAAGCCUGAAUUUGCCACUGUUUUGGCUGAAAAACAAGUAAAACCUGGACAAACUAUCACUCUUAACUGUAAGACGAACACAGAAGUAUUCAUUCCAACGUGGGAAAAGAAUGGACAAAAACUGGAAUGCGUGGAGGGCAAGCAUAAAAUAAAGCAAAUUGGCAAAACAUGCAUCUUGGAAAUUGCAAAUGCUCAGGAAGGAGAUGAAGGGAACUACACAUUAAACCUGAAUAAUAAGGAGGGUACCGCCUCCUGCUCUGCCAUGGUCACUGUUGAGCUCAAUGAAUGGAGGACUGUCGAAUGGAAGGAAAAGCCAAUGAUUGAGAACCUGAGGUCCUUUAAAAUUGGCAGUGACAAAGUCAGUGAGCUCCGCUUCCUUCUAUAUGGACCAGUUGGAGCUGGAAAAUCCAGCGUCAUAAACACCAUCAAAAGCAUUUUUGAAAGACGUCAGUUCAUCAACUGUCUGGCUUCAGCAGAGUCUUCUAAGAGCUACACCAUAUAUUAUCAAAAAUAUUCAGUGGCACAAGGUAAAUUCUUUCCUUUCGCCUUUAAUGACAUCAUGGGAGUAGAAAAGGAGAAGUGUGAAGGGGUCCUCACUGAUGACAUCAUUAGUGCUCUGAAAGGACAUGUGAAAGAAGACUACCAGUUCUUUUCUACGCACCCACUGUCUAAAGACAGCACAUAUUACCUGACAAAUCCCUCCCUGAGUGACAUGAUGCACUGCCUGGUGAAUGUUAUACCAGCAGACAAGCUUGUACUGAUUAAAGGAGACUUCAUUCGGAAGAUAAAGGCUGUCAGACAAGCAGCAAGAAGAAUGGGUAUGCCUCAAGUGGUUUUCCUGACCAGAGUGGAUCGUGCAUGCCCAAUGGCAAAGGCCAAUUUGCGCAAUGUCUACAAAAGCAAGAAGAUCAGGGAUAAAAUGUAUGAAUGCAGCAACCUACUGGGUAUCCCAUUAAACUGCAUCUUUCCUGUGGGGAACUAUCAUGAGGAGACUGGGAUGAAUGAGGACAUCAACUGCCUGAUGCUGGACGCCUUAACAAAGAUCACAGACUGGGCUAAUGAUUACGUGGUCAAAUGUUCCAACAAACAAGUACAUGUAGAAUGAGGAAAAUCGAUACAUUCAAUAUUGAGGGGCAAAUGACCCUAAACAAUUUGAAUGUAUAUAAUUGAAUUGUCCUGUUGAAAGGUAAGCUUUGAUGUGUUACUGGAAAAAAAAUCAAUACUGAGGAAAUAAGAGGAAAUCUGUCAUUACAUAAUGAUAUAGUUACUGCAAUCAUUGAUGCACAGGUUCAGGAUGAAAUGUACAGUUAAUAUAUGUACAAUGUCAUAUUGGCAGAUAAUUGCUAGGCACUGAUGCUGGACUACUGUAUAGACAGGUCGAUUAUCUUAUAUCUAUUCUGUUCAGAAAUAUCUAUCAGAACUGAUUCAUGUGUGUUCAAUGGACAUUUUUACUGGCAAUUAUGUACAUAAAAAAAUGUCAUAUCAAUAUUGGCCCACAGUUCCCAUAUUGGCCCACCCCUAAUAUAUUUAAUAACAUAUACACAUUUUUUGUUCAGUAUUUAGGUUUAAUUAUUCAUCUUUAGUUUUCUUUUCUGAGUUUAUGGUAGUUAUUCUCAUAUUAGGUAAGCAUGAUGUGCGUGAAAUAGAAAGCAAUAAAGAUUCAAAAAACAACAUAAUAUGGGUCAUUUGGACGCUUGGUCACACUGCGUUAAACUGGCUCAGCAACAGAAACGCUGCCCCCUUCUCUGGGCCUGAGCUCAUUUAAAUUGGAUUGAGAGGAAGUGGAAAACUGUCCUGUGGUCUGACAAAUCAACAUUUGAAAUUCUUUUUGGAAAUCAUGGACACUGUGUCCUUUGGGCUAAAAACCACAGCUUGUUAUCAGAGCACAGUUCAAAAGCCAGUAUUCAUAAAGGUAUAGGGGUGCAUUAGUGCACAUGGUAUGGCGUGCACAUCUGUGAAUGCAUCAUUAAUGCUACACGGUGUAAAUGUUUUGGCAAGAUAUGCUGCCAUCCAGAUGACGUCUUUUUCAGGGAAGGCCUUGAUUAUAUCAGCAAGACAAUGGAAAACCACAUUCUGCAUGUAUUACAACAGCAGUGCUCUGUUUUAAAAGUGUCUGGGUGCUAAAUUGAUCUGCCUGCAGUCCAGACCUGUCACCACUGAAAAUAUUUGGCACAUUAUAAAAUGAAAAAUGUAACAAAGGAGACACUGAACUGAUGAGCAGCUGAAAUCCUGUAUCAAGCAAGAAUGGGGAAACAUUUCACUUUCAAAACCUAGCUAGUCCCAAAUGUCCCAGCUUGCAGAGUGUAAAUUGAGACCAAUAAUUUUACUUAUGUCAUGGCUUUUACAAUAUUUUAUUUCCCACCAGGGGUGUUGUUAGUCUUGGACAUUUGGGGAUUAAUUCCUGAAUAUUCAGAUGCCAGCUCCAAGUUAUUACUACAGUGUGCUUUCCUUAACCACUACCCUCACUUUAAAAAUGGCAUUCCAUCACAGCAAACCAUGUACCCACAAGGCCCCUCUUUGGAACAUCCUCUGACAAAACAGCAGGAACAACAAUUAUCCAAAGAAAAUAAGCAAGCAAUGAACUGCACUGCAAUUAUUUCCAUUCCUGCAGCCCAAGCAAAACUCCCCUCAUACAAAUACUUAACCCUCUGAUGUCUGGGGGCAUUUUCUGGAUUUUUGCAUAUAUUCUUAAAUCAACCUUUAAAGGCACUUGGUUAUAACAUAAUACCCACAUAUGAUAGUCCACAAUUUUCAGAGCAACUUCAACUCACUCUAUAAUUAGGCCCUUUUGACCUGGAACACUGUGUAAAUAGAUGAUUGUGCCCAAAACAUGAAAGAAAUAGUUUAAGACGUUUUUAAUAUCACUUGUUAAAACAGUUUUACUCAUGUGGAUGAAUUAUUUUGGUGUAAAGACAAUUCAAUGGGUUUACCAAAAUCUUUGACAAAAGUAGUGCAGUGCAUGAAUGAAAUAGUAGUUAAAUGUUUUCCUCAUUGCUAUUUUCUAAAAUUUUACACACACCACGUGUUUUCAAUGUGAUGGGUAAAACUUAAGUUCCUAAGUGUCCAUUGGUCAAUUUCUAACAAACACUCAAAUCCACCAAUUACAGGCAAGAGGUAAAUGAGGGAACACACAACUCUACUAGUUACACACAGUGCGAGGCAGGUGGCAUGUAUUUCAACUAGCGUUUAUUGACUCAUAACCUCGGCUGUGAUUCACGUACUAAUGCUUAACCCACACUGUAUUAGAGUCAAAGGGCGACUCUACAGAUUCAGGAACUGUUUGAACUGUAUUUCUGCACGGUAUUAUUGUCAAGAUGUUAAUAAAAACACUAAGAAACAUUUUGUUUGAUGUGCCAACAUGUAUGUUGACCCCAGAGGGUUAAACAUUUAAAUGCCAUUUUAUUUAUUGCAGCAGCUAUACAUGAUUUGUUUGAGAUGAAGAGGCUGUCUGUUUUAAAUGGUCUUUGUUAAGAGGUCUGAAUUGUUUUUUUUCACAGCAGGGGUUUCACAGCCCUCCCUUUCACCCCUCAUUGCUCACUAGCAGCUCAAUGCGGAAACAUCUCACACACAGAGAGACAACAGUUAAUCUCACAAUGGGGAAAAAUAUUUUAUUUGAUUAUAUUGAUUCAAAAUAUCCAAGUCGAUUUCCAUUCCGCCAGUGGAACGGCCAACAGGAAGCCUGCAGAAAGAGAUGACACUACUUUUCAGACCACUAUCAUCAUCCAUGUUUCUUUCCAAGAAAUUCCAAAUUUCUGAUUCUUAUACAAAUACUGUACUCUAUGCCCACCGUAAGGCCUCUUAUUCCAAUUAUAACAUCCAUCAUUAAUUAAAAGCUAGUACACUUAUAGAAAUAAAGGUUCUGUGCAGGUACUUUUCAUUUAUCAAGGUACACACAAUGCAAAUGUACCCUGAAAGGUCUAAUUUUGUACGUUAAAUGUUUUUUUGCAGAUGAAAAGUACAUAUCUUCAUAACCGAAUGUUUUAAAACACAACAAUAAAAUUAAAAGC